GCCGUUAUCUCCGGAAUAGCAAGCUAACGCGUCCGACAUUUUGUGCUGCAGAGGCCAUUUCUGUGAUUCUUCCUCGAGAAAAUUCGGUCGUUCGAGAGCUAAAGAAACGAUUACGAGGCCAUAAAUCGCUCUAAGCACCCGGAGACGAUUUCGUCGGUGAAGGCCUGCGCCCGAGGGUGAGACCUCCUUCCAGGGGAGGUCAGAGGAGACUUCGGCCGUGGUGAAGGCGUUGGCCGGUCAUAGGAGUUUCCUGCAUGAGCUGCCUGGCCGAGGCCGCGCCGCUGACUAUACGCAGGCCACACCUGAACACUGCGAUGUCUACCAACCAUGGAGACCAACUGAACCCUGAAUGGGUUCAGCAGUACAAUGCGGGUAGAGAUGGCAGCUUAGAGGCACCAAUGCAUGAGAAUCCUGAGUGGGAGAAGGCGCGGCAAGCUCUGGCAAACAUAAGUAAAGCCAACGCAGCGAGUGCCAAUAAAGGAUUAAAUGAUGGGCAAGCCAAUGCUCAGUAUUCAGCAUCACAGAAUGAUGCGGCGAUGCAACAGCAGUAUUAUCAGUGGUAUUCACAGUACAAUUACCCAUAUGCUUACAACUACUACUACCCCAUGAAUGUCUAUGGCGGAUACAAUGCUUCUGGUCAGUAUGGUAUGUCUGGCAAUUACCAAGGAUCAGCAUCACAACAGAGUCAACAAAGUGGACAGCACCAGGCAAGCCUCGGUCAGCCUGCUGUGCCUGGUCUAGAGGAUGAGAUGUCUUACGCUAAUAUCCAGUCUCAAGUGUCUGCCCCUAAUAACCAAGGUCAACCACGUCACCAACAUGUCAGCCAUAAUCUACAACAGUCCUGUCCACAGAACUCGGGAGGAGGCAACCAGCAGUCUCCCCAACACUCAUCCAGCAACGCCAACAGUUACAAUCACCAUUCCUACAAUGAGGCUCCGAAACCAAAGAAGGGACAACAGAUGUGGAACCGAAUGAAACAAGCCCCCGGAGCUGGUGGUCUGAAGUUUAAUCUUCAGAAGCGUCCUCUUGUAGUGUCCAAUCAGAAUUUUGCAUCCAAUGAACAACACAGUAACAAUAAUGGGCUGUUGCAACAAGCGCGCAUUCACCACCACAUGUUACAGCAGCAGUCUGAGAAGAGCCACCAGCACAGCAACAAUCCCUCCACAAAACCAGAGGAUUGGCCCCCAGCCAUGAAGGAAUAUGUCCAACGUUGCUUUACUGCAUGUGAAAGUGAGGAAGACAAAGAUCGAACAGAAAAACUGCUGAAAGAAGUCUUGCAAGCCAGAUUGCAGGAUGGAUCAGCCUACACCAUUGAUUGGAGUAGAGAGCCUUUGCCAUGUAAGGAUAGUGUAAAGGAGAGUCCAAAGAAAAAGCACUGGGAACAGAGUACGUUGCAGUCUUCUCUUUGCAGCACCAUUACCGUCACACAGUCUUCACGAGGCGGUGUGAGUAACAGUACUGGUACACUAAGGGGCCGUGGCAAUAGCUUCCCCACAAGGUUUGGUAACAGGAAUGUUUUCAUGAAAGACACCAGCUCCUCUUCAAGCACUGGUUCAAGGUCAAGAUCAAGGUCACCUUCACGCUCACCCCACAGGCGAUAUCGUCGCAGUGAUUCCCAUUCUGACUCUGAAAGCAGUUCACUCUCUGGAACUGAAAGUCGAUUAGGCAAUCGCAGAAACUUUCAGAAAGGACGUGGCCGGGGAGGACAUAUGGAUCGGGGCCGUGGACGAAAUCAGCGGGGCAAAAGGAAUGAACAAAACGUAAGCAAAAGAAACCGCAAAAAGAAUAUGACCAUGGAUUUUGAGGAUCCAGAGAGAGACUUCAAGAAAGAAAAGCGAGCUGCACGCUUCCAGCAUGGGCACAGUCCUAAGAAGCUGCGUGUGGAGCCCUUGGUUCUUCAGAUUAAUAAUCUAGAUCCAAGUGAAUCGGGGAGUUUAAACUGGAAUGAGCUGAAAAUUGUGGGAACGUCACAGGAUAUCACAAAAAUUUACCUGCGUCUGACUUGUGCUCCAGAUCCAUCAACAGUUCGACCUGUUUCAGUUUUGCGAAAGUCUUUGACAAUGGUAAAAGGGCACUUUAAGGAAAAGCAAGACUAUGCCUUUGCCUGUGAGCAGUUGAAAUCAAUUCGUCAAGACUUGACGGUCCAGGGCAUUCGCACAGAGUUCACUGUCGAAGUGUAUGAGACCCAUGCCCGGAUAGCACUGGAGAAGGGCGACCACGAGGAAUUCAACCAGUGUCAGGCACAGCUGAAAUCUUUAUACUCAGAAAACCUUAGUGGAAAUGUUGGAGAGUUUACAGCCUACCGUGUUUUGUAUUACAUCUUCACGAAAAACUCCGGAGACAUCACAACAGAGCUGGCAUAUUUGACCAAAGAGCUGAAGGAAGAUCCUUGUGUUGCACAUGCUCUUGCUCUUCGCAGUGCUUGGGCUCUUUCAAAUUAUCACCGGUUUUUCAAGCUAUAUAGAGAAGCCCCCCGCAUGUCUGCUUAUCUCAUCGACAAGUUUACAGAGAGGGAGAGGAAGGCAGCCCUUAAGGCCAUGAUUAAAACUUUUCGUCCGGUGCUACCAGUUUCCUACGUUCAGUCAGAGUUGGCCUUCGAGAGUGAGGAGGAAUGCCAGAGUUUCCUGGCUUCUCUGUCUCUUGUGUAUGCAGGGAACGACGCCAGCAAGAUUGAGUGCAAGCAAAGCUUAGCGGUCUUGCCUAACUUCUAAACCAGUCUUUUUCUACCAGAACCUACCAAUGUGUUUUCCGACACAUGAUUUAAGCUCACACUGUGUGUGCAUGUAAAAAUCCGCAUUUCACCAUCGGAUCUCUUUAUUUCAUAUGAAAUACCUCCUGGGUCAGAGGGCACAGGCAAAGACAGGGCAUCCCAAACAAGACUGCGUUGGGUUUCAUUUGUUUGCCAGAAUAUCAGUGAUUCAAACAGCCACCUUAGGCGUUGGUAAUUUCCUGGGUUCUGUGGAUAGAUGUGCUAUCUCUCGAGUGUUUGUAUAUAUAUUUAUAUAUGGCACUUUCAACCAGAAGUUACCAAAGAACAUCAUAUCAGCUACUUGUUGGUAAAAAGGUUUUGUCAACUUGUGUUCUGAAUGUCUUGGGGUUAGGCGGAAUAUACAGAUGUUGCCGUUACUUAUGUAGCUCUGUAGAAAACGUUUCCAUAGCCCUGUGUUCAGACCAUUUGUCAGCAGCACAUGUAAGGCAGAACUGCCUUGGACUCUGACUGUAAUAUCGGUUGUCAGAUGGUAUGUGCUAGCUUUUUAGUAAGCAAUGUGUAUAUUUGUGAAUAGCUUUUUUCAUUUUGAAGUGGGCACAAGGGAUUUUUGUAUGCGAGACUGUUCACCCUGUCAGCCUGUUGUGUAAUGAGAAACUAACAAUGUCUCAGUUUUUCUCUCUUUACCUCACGUGCACAAAGCCUCUGUCCACAUGCUGCACAAGACACACCACCUCUGUGGCUCUGGGGAGAAGGCAUCAAAGUUAGAAAAAUUCAGCUCAAAGAUUGGGAGACGUGACACAAGCUUCGUGCGCUGCUCC